AUGAUGCGCCGCGAUACUAAGCAUUCCGGUGACGUCGACGUCGACGCCGACCAGGAGGGCUACUUCACCUACCGCCCGCUGUCCAACCUCCCCACACCGCCCCCGAGCUCCCGCAACUCGUCGGCCGCACAGUCUCCGCGGACGACGCUCAACGAUGGCGAGCCGUUGAUGGCGCGGUUCCGAGGCCCCGCCAUCCACCUCGUCAACCUCAUUCCCUCGUCGGCCUCGCUGGCCACGGCCUCGGUGCCGCUCGUACAGGCUCUCCUCAGCCGCGCGAACCUCCCUAUCGAGACCGUCGCCCUCGCCGUCUGCAUCCUCGACAGCCUCGACUCCCGCUUCGCCCGCCGCUGGCGCCUCUCCUGCCCCCUGCUCUCCGACUACUUCUCCUCCUCCUCCAAGCGCCACACCCUCCCCCCGUCGCCCUUCCUCCAACAGCGCCAGCAGCUGCACAUCGACUCGGUCAACCCCGAGCUCAUCAUCUUCGCCGCCCUCGUCAUCGCCGUCAAGUUCACCGAGGACCCCCAGGAGUCCGCCCACUACUACUGCAAGGCCUGGGGCCGCGGCAUGUGGUCCAACCAGCAGCUCAACCUCACCGAGCGGUGCAUCAUGGAGAGCCUCAACUACCGCAUCAUGCCGCUGUGCGACGAGGACUGCCUGGCCGACGCCAUGGUCGACAUGCAGCUGGCCGCCCAGCAGCCCAGCUGGGACCUCCGCGACUACAGCCACCAGGACAGCGUCUCCAGCGACGAGGAAGACGCCGCCGCCAAUUACGUGCCCUCACACUCCCGCUCCAAGACGAUGGGCGCCAGUAAGGCUACGCUGGGGCUGGGGCUGACGCUGACACCCGUCGACACCCCCGCAGCGGAAGCUCCUCAAGCCGUGACCCCGCGGCCCGCGGCGCUUUCUGACGAUUAUUUCGGUCACUACCAGGCAUGA